AUGGAAGAGGAUUCCAUGGACGUUUUGCUGACAAGACCCGCUCGGAGUGGUCGAACUGGUCAGCGUCCAUUUGGAUCUCUUGGUGACCCGAUUGAGGUGGAUAGAUAUGAUGAACUUUUCCAGAAGAAGGUGGCUGAUGUGAAGGAGCAGCUCGCCAGAACAGUUCCGAGACCUGUUCUGGACGAGGCCCAGAUGUUCAGUUCCCUCAGCACAAGAUCUCAGCAUCGUGCUGGCCCUCUCGCCAUCAAAAGGCCCAGCCCUGCAAGGCGGUCUGACGGAAUCUUCCUGGAGUUCUCAAAUUGGGACCCCAUUGCCAAAGACCACAGCCUCAUCGAUCCUUUGGAGGUGCCGAUUUUCUCCUUACUUAUCUCUGGAGCCAUGGAAGCGAUGCGUACCAUGCCUAUCACUCUUGACGAGGAAGCAACAGAGUGCGGGGAAGACGAGUGGGAGUGUGUAGACGUGGACAAGUCUACCAGGUCUACCAGCAAGACCACGGACUGGGGAAAGAUCAUCGGACACGGAUUAAGAUCUGUGCAAUUCCACUCAACUCUUUCGGGCGAAUUAAUCGUGUGUCUUGCAUAUUACAAUGCCCGCCUGCAAUCCUUGAAGCGUGGAGAAGUCUUGCCAGAGGAGGAUGGUGACACCUUCGAGACUUCUUCUCAAGGGAAGGCGUGGCUGGCAGCUGCUGCAGAGUUUAAGGCUUUGUUGCACCAAGGUGUGGAAGCUGCUGGAGUUCAAGGAUCCACCAUCGAAGUGAUGGGACGCUGGAAGCGGCGGCACCUGGCAGUGGGCCGAGACUUCGUGGAAGAGUCCUUCACUUUGGCAGAUGGCCGCACUCUGUUUUACAAGCAACCGGAGGGACAGUUUUCCAACCCGAAUCCGAGUUGCGAGGUGCAUUGCUUGAACUGGCUUUGCCAAGAGGCCAAAGAAGCCGGGCGAUUGGCACGCCGAGCCAGGAGGAGUCCAGUGUUGCUGGAACUCCAUUGCGGAGGUGGCAACAAUACUGUGGCAGUAGCGCGUGGCUUUGGGGAGGUGCGAGCUGUUGAGAUCAACAAGAGAUUGGCAGAAGCUGCAGAGGAGAACCUGAGGAAGAACAACAUCACGAAUACGCGCGUCAUCAGAGCAGCAAGUGCCGACAUUGACGCAUCAGUCUACGCAGGGUGUGACGUAGUGCUAGUCGAUCCCCCUCGCGCAGGCCUCGACCAGCAGACACGAACAGUGGUGGCUGAAAUGGAUCAGAUCCUGUACAUCUCCUGCAAUCCACUGGCCCUCGCAUCUGACUUGGAGUACUUGCGGGAAGGCCACGAAGUGGUUUCCUUGGCGAUUUUUGACAUGUUCCCUUACACCAGCCAUGUCGAAUGUGCAGUCCGAGUUCGUCGGAUUGAAGAAGCCAUACAGCCACAAGUGGACCCCGUUGUUUGGCGCAAAUGGGCAAAGUUGCUCUUCGUUGUGGUGCUUUCUACACUAGGCCAGAUGGAGAAAGACUCCUUGCUAAAGUCACCAACUGGUUGGGGCGACAUCAACGAGGCCGAGGGCGCUGAAGCUAAGCGAGCAGAAAGUCUCUCUUUGAAGGAGGAGCGGGAUGAGAGGCACCCGAAGAUGGUGGCAGGGAUGCGCUUGGUAGCCUACACGGUUUCCAUGAUGGUCUUCGGGAUGAUUUGCAGUGCUCUUGGCCCAUCCAUUCCUUGGCUUGCUGAGAAUGCUGAAGUCUCUCCUGAGACUUUGGGAUACCUUCCAGCAGCUCAGGCUGUGAUGUGCAUCAUCUCCGGCUUGGCUUCAAGUGUUGUCGCCUUGCUGCCACGGAGGUUUCACCACCGCCUUCUGUGCCUACUGACCUUGUGGUUGGCCGGCUUCUUUGCUGUGCUGCCGUUGGCCAGCAGCUCGAUCUAUGCCUUGGUGGUGGUCUAUGCACUGCAGGUUUUGCCACGCCCAUGGAUUGGACAGAUGACAAAUCUCUUAGUGUCUCAACUCUUCGAGGAUCCAAGCAUCAGCAGUGCAGCUCAGAGUCUGAAUCAGGGUGGUUUCGCACUUGGCUGCGUCAGCAUGGUGCUCUUGGAGCAAUAUGGGUCAGAAGCUUUCGGAGGAGCUGCUGUUUUCUACAUGGCAGGAGGCUUCACAGCCCUCUCAGCCUUUCUCUUUCUGGUACUUCCUCGGCUAGAAGAUGACCUGGUAGAGUCAGUAGAGAAAGACAUCGAGUCAAACCAGCCAAGUCAGCCAAAGCAGUCGCUUUCGAUCAGCGCAUUUUCCAUCGCAGCUGCCGGCCUUGGCGUUCUGGCCGUUGGCGUGGAAGUCGCGUGUGGCACAUGGCUGAUUACAGCCAUGACACAGAUGGGGUUUGACUCCUCUGUGAGUUCUUCCUCCACUGUGGUAUUUUGGAUCCUCUUUGCAAUGAGCCGUCUGGUCCUCGCACCUUUGUUCUGCAAGAUCUUCAGGCCCAAAGCCUCAUCUGUCGUGAUUGUUGGAGCAACAUUUUCCGCUGUCGGCUGCAUACCUGCGGCAAUUUGGCCACAAGAAAUUUCAGCAAUCCUUGUCGGAGUUGCUGGUGUUGCCCUUGGAGCCGGGCCUUCCUACUCAAUGAUCAUCAGCAUGGCUAAGGAAAGGCGAUCCACCGGUCUGAAUUCUAUUGACUCGGCGAUGUUUUCCAUUGCCUCUUCCCUGGGCGCUGGCGGAGUGCCUUUCCUGAUGAGUCGAGUCCUUCGUGUCUUUGGAUCUGACGGCUUCUUCCCGACCUUGCUGAGCAUGUCCGUUGUCCUGGUGGUCAUGACCAUCAUCCUGGCCAGAAGUGCCAGAAGUGCCAGAAGUCCCAAGACGCCACAGUCUACGGAGUCAGAGUCGGAGUCCACGGAGUCCAGGGAGUCCACUUGCAGUGGUGAAGCAAGCCACAGCCACGAGUCCGAAGAGUCCGAAGAGUCAGUGGUGCCCGUGGUGCCCGUGGUGCCCGGGAUCAUUUGGACUUACUGGGAACAAGGAUGGCAGCAUGCUCCUGCUUUGUGCCAGGCUUGCGCCAAGAGCUGGGAGGUCACAAAUCCAGAACUCGAGAUGCGGAAGAUCUCAGCGGCAGAUAUCCCUGAAUUGGUCCCAGAGCUGAGUCAAUGGAAACGAUUUUGGGAGCUUCCUGCUGCACAGCGAUCCGAUCUUUUGAGAUUGGCUAUUUUGGAGAAGUUCGGUGGCAUUUGGGUUGAUGCCACACUCUUUAGCUCUGCCCCCAUCAUGCCUUGGUUGGAAGGCUUGAAGGCACAGCAAAGCCGCAAGGCAGGUCAAACAGAGGAGGAGGCUGACCGGCCAGAUUUCUUCUUUGUUUUUGAUCGCUCAGACUCCAAGUCUUGGCCUUACGACCCUUUCCUGCAGUGUGAGUUGCUGAUUAGCAGCUGGUUCAUUGCCAGCACUGCCAAGCACCAGCUCACAUCCCAGUGGCUCACCUCCCUGCGCAAAGAAGUCUUGAAGAGCCAAGUGCACUAUUUUGUCAUCCACAAUACCUUCAGAGACAUUCUGGAAGAUGCAAAGAUGUUGGAGCUCUUCAAUCAGAUGCCAAAGGUCUCAGCGCGCCAUCCACACCUCUUGGAGUUUGAAGUUGGCUUUGCAACCUGUGCUGCAGAAGGGCCCAGAAGCCUCUUGCAGACUUCAUUGUCCGCAGCUCCCAUGCAGAAGCUUACGCACAAGGUGCUUCAGCAGAACUUCCUUAUGGCACUGGUGAAUCCCUGCCUGGAAGAGGGAACUAUGUUCAACACACUCCUUUCCUUGAAUGGCAACGCGAAGGAUUUCAUCCCUUGCCUUAGCUUCAGCAACACUUUCCGUGCCAAUGCUGAACUGAUUUCAGAGGAACAAGAACAGAGAAGCAAAGUGCACUCAUCAUGGCAAAUCUUCGUGCAUGUUGUCUAUGCAUCUCCUCAAAAUGUCACCGGGGAUGCAUCAUGGCUCUCAGUUUGCUGCAUGUGGCUGACUUUGCCGGUCAGCUGCGUGCAAGGUAUCUGCGGAGGUCUUUGCCAGUUUGUCAUGGCCUUCAUGGUUCUCGGCUGCUAUUGCAUCCAGGCAAUUCCGCAAUGGCUCUGCUGCUCAGCCAUGGGCUCUGCCGAGUGCGGCCGUCCUUGCAUUUUAGCUCCAUCCUGGUGGAGAUAUGUAAUUGGUGGCCUGACUGCUCUCAUUGCUAACAGUAGGAGUCGCCUGGCUCUGUUCAUUUGGGAGUGGAAGGCCUUUGGCGAAGACGAACACUUCUGGCAUGGUGAGGGCUUUUGGUCUGUGAAAUACGAGGAGUGCAGCAACAUCAUGAAAUCUCAGCAGCGCAGAUCAGACUCCUUUGCCUGCAUUCAGGCGAGCAACAUUUUGCUUUUCAUGUCCAAUACCGGCCCUGAAAGCGAGUGGGCGCAUAUGCGAAGCGCUUUACACUCGACUCUCCUUGACAAAGGUUCAACUUACUACUCCGAGCGUCAGAAGAAGCUGCGUGGGCUGAUUGCCUCUGACUGGCCCAAUGCGCAGGUGGAGGAUUUCAAUGACAAGACAAAACUGCAAUUGAUUGUGGUCAAAUGCGUUUUCUAUAUGAUGUUUGGAGUCUGGCUGGACAAUGCCGACGCUGACACUCUUCGCGCAUGGCGAACAAAGGCGGUGUCCUUUGUCCUUCCCCGACUGGUCCACAGAUUCCUCUUCAAUCUUCUCCUUCGCAAAGUUCAAGGUCUGCGGGUAGAUACCGUCCGCUUGGUCGAGAAGCACGGUCUGCAGUCCUUCAUACUGGAGAUCAACGAGAAACUGCCUCCCAAAUAUCGAAGGACCCCUGCAGUGAAAUUAUGCGACGAAAUUAUGUUUGCCGUGGGCUUCGCUGGUAUUGGAGGAACAUGCGCAUGCUGCGAGACACUGGCAGCUUUCCUUCAGUGCAAGAUUCCGGAGGAAGCAAGUGCACAUCUCAUCAGCUUUGAGAAGUAUCCAACAAGCGCGGAAAUGAUCGCGGCAUACAAAAGCAAUCCAGUCACAUACAUCAAGGACACAGUUGUCAGGUUCAGAGGAAGAGAAUACACAAUGAAAGAGAACACCUUGAAUCAGUACACGCUCUCCAUGGCAAAUCGGGAUCCAAGUGUCUUCACAAAUCCCGAUGUCUUUGAUCCCACUCGAAAGGUUUGCGUCGUUGGCGGCGCGGGUGGCAUUGGUCAGCCUUUGAGCAUGCUGAUGGCUAUGGACCCAAACGUUUCCGAGCUUUGCGUGUAUGACUUGACGCUGGCCAUGGUUCCGGCAGAGGGUGUUGCAGCCGACCUGUCGCAUUUGAACAUGAAGUGUAAGGUGAAGGGCUAUGCAUUUGAUAAGGACGACAAGGCCAUUGAUAAGGCUGGCGAGUGCUUGACUGGUUGCCAUUUGGUGCUUGUUCCCGCUGGUGUACCUCGAAAGCCUGGGCAGGACCGAAAAGACUUGCUGAAGACCAAUGCCGGAAUUGCCAAAAACAUUGUGGAAGCCUGUGCCAAAUUUUGCCCGGAGGCCGUGGUCGGGCUUAUUGUGAAUCCGGUCAAUUCUGUGGUGCCUGCUAUGUGUGAGAUGUGGAAGAAGAAAGGCUUGAAUCCUGCAAAGAUUGUCGGAAUUACUACCUUGGAUGUUGUUCGAGCUGACAAGUUCGUGCAUGAGAUGACUGGUGCUCCCAUGGCCGAUGUUAGCGUCCCUGUGAUCGGAGGCCAUGCUGGCACAACCAUUUUGCCGCUGUUCUCUCAGUGCCAGGUUGGCAAGACACUUCCUGCUGACAAGAUCCCAGACCUGGACAAGAAGGUGCAGGAUGCUGGCACCGUUGUCGUUGCUGCCAAGAACGGCAAGGGCAGCGCAACAUUGUCCAUGGCAUAUGCUGGAGCUCGGCUCGGCAAGGCUGUCCUUGCUGGCCUCAAUGGUGAAGCAGUCACAGAGUGUGCCUAUGUGGAGUCCAAAGUCACCGAACUGCCCUAUUUCGCCUCCAAGGUGACCUUCGGCAAGCAAGGCGUUGAGACAGUUCAUCCUCUUGGAGACCUGAACGAAUAUGAACAAGGCCGCCUCAAAGCUUUGAUGCCUGUCCUCAAGGAGGAGAUCGACGCGGGCCUGGAGUAUGCGAAGGAGAACGACUUCGCAGCGUGA